UUGAUGAUCAACUGUUGUAUUUACAUCGCGUCCAUUCGGGAUAGUACGUAGGCAAAUUAUUUGUCUUUCAAAAGUGCUGGUCGCUGGUUUCCGAGGGACUGACAGAAAGAUUUUUCGAAAAUGAUAGGAAAUCGAAUCGAUUAGAGGGGAGUAGUAAAAGAGUUUCAUCGUUGAGCGAAGGAACGUUACAGUUAACGAAAUAAAUCGAGUACCUAAGUUUGAAAGGAAAAAAUAUCGCCACAGCAUGUCCCGAGAUCAUUAUUCAGCUGGCAACGAUUCGUCGUUGAACAGUGUUAAAACGAGCGUGAAAAAAAUGACUUGCAUCACCGAAAAUACCACAACAACGAUCAAGGAUACAGUGAUCUUUGAGGAGGACAAGGAGAAUCGUUACGUGAAUAAACAGUCCGAAAAAUCAACCAGUGUUGUUAAACAAUUAAAAGUUUUUUACGAAGAAUAUUCAAGCGCUCGGAUGAGCCAGACGAACGUCAGCGAGCCCCAGAACGCAACGUCAACGGGUGCGAUUAAAAAACGUAAACUACUCGAAGGCCCGACCGAUUUUGAACGGAGCAAACAUUUCGUGCCGAAAAAACGUCCCAGCAUUCGGGACGACGAAGCUUUCGGAAAGACACGAUUCAAAAUUUAUAACGAUUCUGAUCGUCGAGCUGGCCGCAGAGAAAUAACAAUCGAUGAACCCGGCGGGAGCACUGCGAAAAAUGAUUCAAAUAAUACCGUUGGGCAUAACAACAACGUUUCUUUUUGUCCUCAUGUCGUUGAUAAAAGAUUGGACAAAAUCAAAUUGCCGGAACUGAACGACCGACUUUCGACGCGUGUUACGCCCGUCGACAUUUUCCCGCUUCCACCGACUAUCAAAAAGGUCAAAGAGGUGCAUCGUAAUCGCUUGUUGAGAAAAUGCGAGAGGUCGAAUUUCUCAAGUGGUGUCGUUCCACAUGGCCCCCAGUACGAAAUUCCUUACCACGAUUUUUUCAUAGAAUACGAGCUCGCAAAAGAAACGGCAGCUGCUAAACUCUCGAAGAAUUUUCGGCAUAAAAAUAUUACGACUGCGCAGAGAACGAUCAUUGUGAAAUUCCUCACUAAGUUACAAAGUCACUUAUUUCUACCAUCAUACUUACUCUACCAAACGGUUAGAUUGUUCGACGCUGUCCUCGAUGCAAAAGAAGUAGAAAUGAUAGAUUUCCAAUUGAUCGCUCUAACUGCGAUGUGGAUCGUCCUCAAGAAAGACCACAUUGGUUGCAGCAUUCCUACGGCACAAAAAAUGAUAUCGUAUUCCAAGGAUCUCUACGAGGGAAGAGUUGACUUACUAGUGAAGUGUGAGAUCGACAUCCUUCAGACGUUGAAUUUCAACAUCGUAUUUCCUGAUCCGUUCUCCAUCAUGUGUUACAAUAUCACAGCGUGCAAUCACUCGCAAUUCAUGAAUUCCGCCACAAUUCAUUUCGCUUAUUGCUGCGGAAGUUAUAUGAUCGAUAUUUCACUGUUCGACGAGGAUUUGUUGAAAUUUUCGGUUGUCCUGUUGGCAGCUGCAGUUGCUGAAGUCGCCCUCUACUUUACUAUGGAAACACCCGAUCCAACGGUCGAACCUCUAUGGAGUAUUUGGAGGGCUCCUCACACAGCGAAAAGAUACGAGGAGGACGAACUGACAACAGUAAAAACUCUGUUGAUACGAAAAGUUUUCGAAUCUCACAAGCGUCACAGUGACACCGAUAUUGUAUUCAAAAAAUACAUUCGUUCGAGGUAUGGAAGAAUUUCUCAUUUCCUCGGGGAGAAAGUCAAAAUUUAUCUUAACGAAGAUUAGUUUUUCAAUGGUGGUAAAAGUUUUGAGGUUAUGCUGAUAUUGCUCCAUACCUUUACAGUUAACAAAUCAACAGUGUUACGAGUCAAUAGAAGAUUGCUUUUAAAAUAUUCGAGUUAAUGUCGGUUAUUUUUUCUAUUGGUAUAUUCUUUUUUUUCUAUUUUAUAUUUAUUGAUCUAUGAUUUGUAUUUAUAUCGAAAUAAACAAGAUUUUUAUCCUCUUGA